UUAAUGUGUGGAAAGUCUACUAGAUAUUAUCUUAUUCUAAGUAAGUUUAUGUGGUUCACAUUGUUAGGCAUGUUCCACGCAAUGAAUUUAACAUAACCCAUGAAAUGACUAAUAACUGCUAACUUGCUAAUUUUUAUUUUUUUUAAAUCAGGCAGAUUCAUGUGGAGGGUAUCUAACUAUAAAUUUGAGAGUUGGGUUUUGUCAGUUCAGUACUACUCUUUUGAGCUACUUGAUCGGUGGUGUAUUUGGUGUGUUGAUGUUUUAUUAAACUUUUGUACUCUUGCUUUGAAACUAGUUGGUUAGGCAAGUUUUAGUUGUUUUCUAUUUUAUUUCAGACUUUUCAGGUGCUCAUAUUCUUAUGAUGAUCAUCAAACUGCAAAUAUAGUGAGCCCAUUAAGCUAUUACUGAAAUUUGUUGCAGAUUUGAAAUUCUUCUAAGAUGGAUACUUCUUAUAGGACUGGUGGAGUCAAGUACGAGUGCUUGCUUUUUGAUAUGGAUGACACUCUUUACCCAUUGAGCUUAGGUCUCAAUUUGUUUUGUCGCAAGAACAUACAAGAGUAUAUGUUAGAACUCUUGCAUAUUGAAGAGAGUGAAGUGCCAAAAAUGUGUUUGGAUUUGUAUAGGGAAUACGGGACAACUAUGGCAGGAUUAAAGGUCCUUGGUUAUGAGUUUGACAAUGACGAGUUUCAUGCUUACGUGCAUGGAAGGUUACCAUACGAGAAACUGAAGCCUGAUCCAGUAUUAAGGAACCUUCUGCUUUCCAUGCCUCAGCGUAAAAUAAUAUUCACCAAUGCAGAUCAUGCACAUGCAGUUAAAGUUCUCAACAGAUUGGGUUUGGAAGAUUGUUUUGAGGGCAUCAUAUGCUUUGAAACGCUUAAUCCUCCCAAACAAAUCAAUUGCAUGGAUGUACCAAAUGAUAAUCAUGUGCUCACAGAUUUAACAGAAAAUGGAUGUUUCAAUUCCCACCCACAAAUCCUCUGUAAACCAUCUGUGGAAGCCUUUGAAGCUGCUAUUCGGAUUGCUAAUGUGGAUCCAAAGAAAACAGUGGGCCAUUCAGAUUUGGUCCCUGGAGCUGAUCAUGCCCUGAACAGCAUUCAUAAUAUCAAAGAAGCGUUACCUGAAAUUUGGGAGAUUGAAGAUGGCAACCAACAGCAAAAGAUUCAACCCCCAACAGUUGAAACCAUGGUCCUAGCUUAAGUUUUACAUCGAUAAAAUGUUUUUAGCAGACUUAUCAAGCAAAUCAAGAGUUUCUACCUCUGCAGUAUGUUUCUAUCUAAAUUUACAAUAAGUUUGAAAUUGUCUCCACGGCAUGGUGAUGCUUGAAUAUAUAAAUCUUGCAAUUUGGCAUCACGAAACGGAUGUGAAAUUAUUAAGUGUAAA